CAAUACAGGGAGUGGAAAUUGAGUUUCUAAUGAAACCAUUCCAAUUGCAGUCACCUAAAGAGCUAACUGUCAGUAGUUCUGAGGAGUGCAUUGUUGAUAAUGAAAUCACCAAGUUAAUGAAAGCGGUAAUUGAGCCUACUAACCCAGGAUCAGGGGAGUUUAUUUCUACCAUUUUUAUUCGCCCGAAAAAAGAUGGGACCUUUAGAGUAAUUUUGAAUUUGAAAAGGUUAAAUGAAUUUGUUGAAUACCAUCACAUUAAGAUGGACACUAUUUAUACUGCAAUACAUUUGAUGAAACAGGGCUGCUUCAUGGCCUCUAUUGAUUUGCAGGAUGCAUACUAUACUGUACCAGUAUGCCCUAAUCACAGGAAGUAUCUAAAAUUCUCUUGGCGAGGACAAUUGUAUCAUUAUACAUGCCUGCCAAAUGGUCUGGCCUCAGCCCCACGUAUUUGUACAAAAAUCUUGAAGCCAGUCUAUGCAUCACUGUGGAAUAAGGGGCACAUCUCCUUCGGGUAUAUUGAUGACUCGUACUCGCAGGAUGACAACUUUGACGGUUGUAAGACAAAUGUCCAUGACACAACCACAAUGUUUGAUUCAUCGGGGUUUUUUCCCCAUCAGACCAAGUCAGUAACCAUUCCUGUCCAACAACAGGACAUGACGGUCUCUUUAACCUCUGAAAGAGCCACAAAGCUUCAAACUGCUUGCAUAAAUUGGUUAGCAAAGAGGAGACUUUUAAUUCACGGGGGUGCACAUGUUAUUGGCCUUAUGGUGGCUAGUUUCCCCGCUGUGACCUUUGCACAGCUAUUCUAUUGGGCUUUUGCUUAUUUACAGUGGUGGAUAUCCAAUAUUGAGACAUCCUCCAAACCUGUUCUGGCCAGCCAGCCAGAUAUGGUAAUUCAAUCUGAUGCAUCACUAUUAGGCUGGGGUGCCUAUAGUGAUGGAAAGCAUGCAGGAGGUCCAUGGGGAGAAACCGAAGCUAAGGCACACAUUAAUGUGUUAGAAACAAUUGCAGCCUUUUUAGCAUUGCAGUCUUUUUUGUUCUUGAUACCACAGCUGUAGCUUAUGUGAAUAAUAUGGGUGGAUACCAGUCCUCAGAAUGCAAUGCAAUAGUAAGACAAAUGGGGAUUUGGUGCAUUCAGAAAAACAUCUGGGUAUCAGCAACCCAUAUCCCAGGUGUCACUAAUGUAGAAGCAGAUAAAAAAUCCAGGCAAUUUGAUGUCCAUACAGAAUGGGCAUUAAAUGAUCAAGUUUUUGAUAGGAUCUGUGUCAAAAUUUUUUAGCCCCAAGUGGACUUGUUUGCAUCCCGGCUUAACAGGAAGUUAGAGCAAUAUCGCCAAUAUGUCUCUUGACAGCCAGAUCCUAAGGCAGUAGCAGUUGAUGCUUUCAGCAUGAACUGGGCUACUAAAAGCUUUUACGCUUUUCCUCCCUUUAGCCUGUUAACAGAUGUUUGGCAAAAGAUCCAGGAGGAAUCAGCAGAGGGUAUACUGAUAAUACCCCUGUGGCCUACACAACCGUGGUACCCUCUGGCAAUGCAAAUGUUGGUCAACCACCCACAGAUUUUGCCCAAAAUGCAACGUCUACUUUACUUACAUCAAAUCAUGGCGAAGCGGAACUGUCCAGCAGUACCAAGUUACUUACCAUGCGACAGCAUCCCCUGGUUUGCAGAUUCUUCGUGGUGUUUGCUAUAACACUAUACAUGGGAUGUUAA